AUGUUUAGCCACCCCAAUAUUCUGCGUCUGAAAGGAUACUUCCAUGAUAAAGAGCGUGUUUACAUCAUAUUGGAAUAUGCUGAUGGUGGUGAACUCUACAGUCGCAUGAAAAAGAAGGGAAGAUUAGAAGAACUUGAAGCUGCGCGUUGUGUUCGCCAAUUGGCAGACGCCUUGAGCUACUGUCAUUCAAAGCGAGUUAUACACCGUGAUAUCAAGCCCGAAAAUAUACUACUUGAUUCGAAAGGCAAUGUCAAGGUAGCUGAUUUUGGCUGGGCCGUGGUGUCUCCAAACUCUCGUAGACAGACUGUGUGUGGCACUCUAGAUUAUCUACCUCCG